CUCACUUUAAUCAUUCAAUGUUGAUGUUAUGAACUACAAACUCCAUCUACCUACAUCCUUCACCAAAAUGUCCUAUCUCAUAAGUUGAACACCUAUUUGUUGUUGUUAAUGAUUGAAGUCGAACCUAUGUUAAGGAGUACGAAAAGUAAACGCCAGAAUAAGUAGACAACCGCCAGUUAUAUCAUCAUGGGGGUAGCUGCCCUCCCUGAAAGAAAGAUGUCAUGGGGUAGACUUUGGAGCCGACAACGUGGCCAAGACUAUAUGCGCGUUGGUAAAAAUGAAGAGAGCGAAUAUUCUCCCGAAACAAGAAUAGAUUCAGAGGACAAUAUAACACGAGACGCCCCUAAAAGGAAACGCUGGCGGGGCUACCUCACUUGUGGUAGUAUAUGGGGGGUGACAAUUCUUGCCAUCACUCUGCUCAUAAGUCUGCUUCUUUCUAUCGCAAGGAGUUUGUGGGGCAUAGAAGACGAUCCGGACAAAAUAUUUGGUAAUUGGGGAAAGCCAGGGACAGAAACUGAAGGCUUAGCUUGGUAUCCUACAGAUUUCCUCCGAGACGUCGUCCCGAUACGAUGUCAUUCACAUAAUGAUUACUGGCGCAAAGUGCCGCUCUUUUCGGCACUACACGCCGGCUGCAUCGGAGUUGAAGCAGAUGUUUGGCUUUUUGAUGAUGAUCCAAAACUCUACGUCGGGCAUGAUACCGCCGCCUUGACUACGAAUCGCAGCUUCGAAUCUCUUUAUAUAAACCCUUUAGUAGAUCUGCUCAAUCGAACAAACCCACAUACGCCAUUCUACAACGAUACUCGACGCGGCGUGUUCGACUAUGAUCCAGAGCAAGCCGUUAUCCUCUUGGUUGAUUUAAAGACGGAUGGGGCUCAAAUUUGGCCACAUGUUCUAGCCCAACUAGAACCUCUCAGAUCAAGAGGUUGGCUCACCUACGUUGAAGAUCAAGUUGUCCAUCAGCGCCAAGUAACCGUCGUGGGCACCGGAAACACGCCAUUUGAUCUAGUGGUGCAAAAUUCCACGUACCGAGAUGCUUUCUUUGAUGCACCGCUUGCAGAAAUGUGGGAAGAUCCUAGUGUCCCCGAUACUGGCUCUACAAACACUACAUAUAACGAGACGAAUUCACUAUACGCCAGCACAAGUCUCACAGAAGCUGUGGGGUUGAUAUUUGGUGGUUUUAGUGAUAGCCAGCUUCGCACAAUCCGCGGGCAGAUCAAGGGGGCUCACCAGAGAGGACUCAAGGUUCGGUAUUGGGAUACGCCUGGAUGGCCUAUCGGACUGAGGAACAAGGUCUGGCAUACUUUGAUGGAAGAAGGGGUAGACAUGCUGAAUGUGGAUGACCUUAAGAGUGCUGCAAGGAAAGAAUGGUAAGACCCUGCUUGAGUUUGUAUUGAAUAAAAGUAUUUUUAGAAUAAUAUUUAGAGAUUUCUAGUACAAUGCAAAGCCUUUCAAUUUGCCAAUAACUACAACAGCUGUUAUGAGGUCACAUGUGGUGCUUUAUCUAGGGUAGUUAUUUAUACUUAGCACCUACUAGUUACUAUGUACUAUGUAGUAGUGUUCAAGGUUCCCACUUUACAGGGGACAGCUAUGAAAUGGCCCUCACUAAAUAACCCCGCUAUUAGUUAUCCC